UAUGUUGUAUGCACAAAUUCAGUUUUGCUUUCUUUAACGUUUAAAUAUUGUACUAAGCUACUGAGCUACUAAGCUACUAUCCUUUAUACAGUGGUAUAGCACCAAUCUAUGUACGGAAUAAAUAAUGAUUCACAAUCAACCAAAUUCAAUCAUGACUGCGCAAGUAAACGGUCAAAAAUGUAGAAAAAAGGCCCACGUCAAUAAGAUAUUCAAUCGUUCUUAGACGGCAUUGGUAUAGAUGAGACACGAAUUAUCAAACAUCAAAUAUAAAUCACACAAGUCAUUGAGUAAACGUCGGUAAUUCCCAACGAAUUUACUCACUAGCGAGCGAUAAGCGAUUAAGGCCGAUUAGCUCUUGUUCGGCAGUUAUUACACUCAAUCGACUUCUUAUCUCAAUCCAAACGAGCCCCGCUUGCGAUACAAAGGUAUGGAUAAUUCAAUUGCUCAGGUGAGAAAUUGCUUUUCCUAAGGCAUUUGCCCCACACCUCGGUUAUCGGGGGGUACGUACACGAGCAACCGUUUGUGGUCGAUAUGGCCGUAAAACAAUCCGAAACUGUUGCGAUUACGGAUAUUGGAGUCGACAUUUCGCACCGGAGAUUUCAGUCCCAAAAUCAACCUUCAAGUUUGUAGUCAUGCGGUUAUAUUUGCUGUGCGGUGUUUUUCUAAUCGGGCUGCACUCUGCAGCCAUUGCGGCGCAUCCGAAGGUGCAGCAUAGCGAGCGGAAACUGAACACGCUCGAUCCGGUCAGCCUGCAGGAAGUGGCAGCGCAGGAGCUACGGUACCGACUGCCGAGCUACAUCGUGCCGACGCACUACAAACUGUAUCUGGAGACGCAGGUGCACACCGGAAACCGAUCGUACAGUGGCAGUGUGGACAUACAUCUGGACAUCCGGCAGCAGGCCAAAACCAUCUACGUGCAUCAGCGCGGACUGCGCAUUACCUCUAACGAGCUGUACGCGUCCAAUCCCAACACGAACCUCACGUUUCUGGAAACUCUGCGCUAUACCGAGGAUGCUGAGCGCGAGUUUGCCGUGUUCGCGAUCCGUCGUGCGCUUGCACCGGCCUCGUACGUUUUGCACCUCGAUUUCGAGGGUGAGCUGCGCGUCGAUGACGAUGGCUUUUACCUCAGCUCGUAUCUCGAUGCGAACGGUACGCGCAAAUAUGUAGCAUCGACGCAGUUCCAGGCGAUUAGUGCGCGCGCCGCCUUCCCCUGUCUGGACGAGCCGGCCCUGAAGGCUACGGUGGAGUUGGGGAUUAAACAUCAUCCCAGCUAUAAGGCCGUAUCGAACAUGCCGAUCUUUGCCGAAGCCGGUGAUCUGGACGGCAACGUUGUUACGUACUUUGAAACUACUCCGCGCAUGUCGAUCUAUCUGUUGGCUUUCCUGGUGUCGGACUUCUUGUACACCGAGAACGAGGCGGCUGCCCAGCGCGUCUAUGCUCGCCCCAACGCGAUCAACCAAACGCUGUAUGCAUUAGAAGCAGGCGUUCGCAUAAUGGACGCGCUGGACGAGCACAUCGGUCUACCCUAUCGCUCCUACAUGCCCAAGGUGGAUCAGGUGGCACUUACCCAAUUUUCUGCCGGUGCCAUGGAAAACUGGGGACUGUGCAAAUAUCGUGAAGAGGUCCUCCUGUUCGAGCCGGGCGUUACGACGUAUCGAGCGCAAACGACCAUCACCACAAUCAUCGCGCACGAGUACGUGCACCAGUGGUUCGGCAACGUUAUCACCAACGAGUGGUGGAGCUAUCUCUGGCUUAACGAGGGCUUCGCGACGCUGUACGAGUUCCUGGGGGCCGAUAUGGCUUAUCCGGAGCGCCAGUAUCGGGACCUGUUCAACGUUCAGGUGGUGCAGCGUGUUCUCAUCACAGACGCCGCGGAAAGCACGCGCCCGAUGACUUUCAGCCGCGGCGCAACGUUUAAUGCCAUCCUCAGCCUGUUCGACAACGUGGCGUACUCCAAGGGUGGCUCGGUACUUCAGAUGUUCCGGCUGCUGCUGCCGGAUGCCGCCUGGCGGCAGAUGUUGCGCACGUACGUGCAGGGCAACGAGUUCGGCACGGUCAACACGGAUAAUUUCGUGGCCGCACUGACGGAAGCGUUCGACGGUGUCGUAUCGCUGCCUGAGGGGACCGAUGUGGAGCGGUUUGUGCAUAGCUGGGUCAAUCAAGCCGGCUAUCCCGUGCUGGAAGUUCGCCGCUCAUACCGUGGAGAGAUAAUCCUCUCGCAGGACCGAUUCUACAGUAACAAGAUAGUUAAUAAUGAUUUCACGGUUUGGGUAAUACCGUACACGAUGAUGGAGCAGGGCGAUGCGCAGGACGCUCUGCUCGAGUGGCAGUGGAUGACUUCGAAAGCGGUACGUGUACCGUCCAGCACACCGAACGACGAGUGGAUUUUGGUCAACGUCAACCAGACGGGAUUUUAUCGCGUCAACUAUGAUCCCUCGAACUGGUACAUGCUGAUUCAGACGCUGCUCGAGGACACGGCGGCCAUUCCAAUGCACAGUCGGGCGCAGCUGAUCGACGAUUCCUUCCAUUUGGCUCGCUCAAAUCGGCUCGAUCUGGAGAUUGCGCUCGAGCUGCUGGGCUACGUGCGCCAUGAACGGGAGUAUCCUCCCUGGGAAGCGGCCAAUCGGGUCCUCGGCUACUUCCACGGUCGAAUGCGCGGUCAGCCCGAUUACAUUCUCUAUGAGCUGUUUGUCGACACCUUGAUUGGCGAUGUGUUUGUAACGCUGGACAUCACAACGGUAGCACCGGACGAGAGACUGCUGGAGAAGUAUCUCCGACAGGUAAUCUCCAGCUGGGCUUGCCGAAUGGAAAUAGAAAGCUGCCUGACGGCGACCCGCGACGCACUGGAACGGGAAGUGUUCGACGCGGAACCUGUGCACCCGGACGUUUCGGCGGUGGUGUACUGUUACGGUUUGCGAACCGCGCCAACGGUCGCCUUCCAGUAUCUGUUCGGCAAGCUGCUGGGUUCGGACAACCGAGGUGAACGGCAACUGCUGAUCAAUGCACUGGGAUGUGCCAACGAUACGGAGCAGCUGAGCUCGUACCUGCUGGCUGCCAUCGGUGGCGAGCUGCAGGUGAACUUCAACGCCGAGGAACGGCUAUCCAUUCUACAAUCCGUCCUCAGCAGCCGCCAAGGGGUGGACGCGCUGAUCGAAUUCCUCACCGAGAACUACACGUACGUCGUGAGUCUGCUCGGUCCAAACGCGCUGGCCAAUUUGGUGCAAUCGAUCGCCACUAGCACCAAUACGCUCGACGAGGAACAGAUGCUGAUUGCAUUACUAGAGCAAUUGAACUCGGUACUUCCUGCUAGUGUCAGUGCAAGCGCUCGCACUACGGCGUCCAUCAACCUAGCAUGGCCAUCCACUCGGGAGGGUCUUUUGCUACGCUACUUCCUGGAGCGUUACAAUUUCCAACCUGUACAAUCGGACACCGUGCUGCAGCACGACGCGUGAUCUAUUGAAAUUCCCUCUCCAUCUAAGAAUAAAGCGGUUUGCUCUAGCAAGGCAGAGUGUUUGUCAGACA